CAGUAUGGGUCAAUUUGGAGCAUGCUAGAAAGAGGAUUGCUGGGCAAAGCAAUAGCAACAAAAGCAGAGGUAGUGGGACCACAAACAGCUCCUCUAGGACAACUUGUUACUUCGACCACGAGAUUGGUGCAAAUCGGGGACUCCAUAAAUCCGUCAAAACACAGGGAUGACAACAAUCUCACAAGAAGAAGCCCUCAUGGCUUCACGGUGUCUAAUUCUUUGAAGCUCCUAACUAGUCAAGGCAAGGGUUCGAAGUUGGGUAGAAAACUCCCUAUGAUGGAGGAGCAACAAAAGGAAGGCAGAAAUGGCCGAGGACAGGACCGCAACCUGGAGAAUAGGGAGAGUGCUGCCCCUACUAGAGGUUGCCCCAUAGGAAGGAAGAGAAGGACUAGUGGGUCAACAUGCCUUGGGAAUCCAAGGGACAAGAUCAAAGCUAUGAUACUCUCAAACCGCAGGGAAAAGGAAAGGGCGGCAGAGCAUCAGGCAACUCUGGUCUGCCCUUGAAUCCAUCUAGUCGGCGGCAUAUAAAUCAAAGACUGGAGCAGCUUGGGGUUGGAAGGAAUGAUGGAAGUGGGAAAAGUCUAAGUUGAUGGGUCGUGAGAAACUAGGCGGAAGAUUUAUUGCAAAGUCAACACUAGACCAGAAUGAUGUGGGCCGUGAUCCUGAGAUAGAGCAACCAAGAGUGCUUUUUGAUGAAGCUAAUGAUGACCUUUUAUCAUCUCCCUCGCCUGAAACCUUUGCUACAAAAUGGUGCUGGUAGAACAGUUGGUGCAAAAGGAGGAUGACUCUAAGAAGACAAUUUCUGAAGGGUAUAUUUCAAGCCCUGAUAUGGAGACCAGUGAGAAUAACUUUGAGUAGAAACG